AUGUACAACCACAAUGAUGGCAAUGAUUCGCCUAUUCAGCCAAACAUAAGCACCUUGUCUCCGGAAAGACCACCUCAGUUGAAGGCGAGGAACUGCAACUAUGACUGCGGAUACGGCUGCACGAAGGAGAGCGACGACGAGGGUGGCGGGGCCGAGAUGGAUGGGCAAACGGUGGUCGGCGAGGAGGAAAACGUGCAUUCAGAUGCAGAUGAAAGCAGUGGAGAGUCUGAAGAUCUCAGCGGGUCCGAGGAAUCGAUGCCGGACUCUGGCGCAUCCGUUUCGGACGGUACGCGCGGCGAGGUUUCGUCUUCGCUGGAGACUGGCGAUAUGUCUACGAGUAUGGUGGUUGAGGCAUCUUCGUCGGGGGACCGCAGUCCAGUAAUUCCUGCGAGUGCCCCCGCUGGCAGCUUGUCGCCCAACCCAGGAAAUAGUAUACAUUUGAUAGGCCUCGUGCGGGUUCCGUCUCCCUUGCCGAUGAGGUACUACUUUCUACAAACACCCUUGCGCCUCAGUCCGCAGUUUGAGCAUUGUAGAGGGGAUCCGGCAUCGCAUCUCGUCGCUCCGGAUCGUAUUCGGUUGUCAUCCUUGAUGGAGCAG